AUGCCACCACCACUACGUCUUUCAGUGUUCUCGUCGUCGUCGUUGUCGUCGUCAUCAUCAUCAUCAUCGGCGUCGGUGCUGCUUCGACGCACGGCACCACGAAAACACAUCAUAAACACACGUCGCUCCUUGUCUUCGACGGCAUCUCUAGCUGCCAAAUCGCCCGACAGCACACCAGGCUGGGAAGGUCGCCCCCCGGAUGACCACGCGGUCCACCGAUCAGGUCACGACCCGCAGUCCAAGGAGGCCAAAGAGGGCAUGAAAGAGCACGAGCAGAUGAAGGAAGGGAGCCAGGCCAUAUCGCGCAAGGACGAGAGUCAGGGGAACAAAAAGGCCAAGCGGGACCAUCCUGAGGCGCCGGAACCGGUGAUCGGGAUGAAUGAGGAGAGGGGGGAGGUGAGUUAA